AUGGAGACCAAAGCGCAAGUCCACUUUGGUCCCGCCAAAAAUAUUAUCAUUGCACCAGAUAAAGAGAGUAUACUUUCAGUUGGAAGAGAUGAUGGUUUGCUUUAUGAAUCGAAAUUUCCAUCAUUAUCUAAUGAAGGUGCAAAAGAUUUGACCACAAUCACGGAUAGUCUUAUUAAAUCAAUUGCAGAAGAUAAUUCACAAAACGUCGUACUCUUUACUGCAGAAGGCGUUGAAGGAAUUAAAUCAUUAGCCUGGCCUUCAUUAGAAACAAAUCAAGUAAUUGAAUCGCAAAUAUAUACAGACCUAAAGACAUCACAUAAUAAUGAAUAUUUUGCAGCAACUUCACAAGAUAAUAACAUUGAUUUCUAUAAAAUGGAAACAAAAGAAAAAAUCGGAACAAUUACAAACGGAAACGAAAUAUUAUCAGUUAAAUUCAGUAAAAACGACAAUUAUCUUUCAGUUUACGAUUCUUCAAAUAAAUUAUACAUAUAUGAAGUUCCAUCCUUGAAUUUAUUUGACCAAAAAGAGUUUGACACAUCCGAUACAUUAAUCACAUGGAGUGCAACUGAGCUUUUAGUAUAUUUAAAGACAAAUUCGUUAAUUGUUUACUCAACCACAUCAAAAGAACUAUCAGAAGAGAGUUUAAGUAACGAAUCAACAGUAAUUGGCAUAUCAAUGUCCCCUCAAAGUACUCUUAUUUCUUUGGAUACAGAUGGAAACUUAAUUGUUUCAAGAUAUGAACAUACAAAUGUGGCUAACUACAUCACUGCUAGAGAAACAAUCAAGUGCGAAGCUCAAGAAACCAUUUCAUUUUUCGAAAUGAUCAAUAAUUAUAUUUGCAUCAGUGAUGACAUGGGUGGAAUAUCAUUAGUCAAAGUAUUUGAACCAGAGAAGACCGAAGCAGCACCAGCACCUCAACAAAAUGAAGAUCAAGAACUCGAAAGUGACGUAGAAUUAAUUGAAGAACAUAAAUCAGUUUUAACAUUGAAACCAAAAGUUCCUCCAAGCAAAGAACUCAAAGGAACUAAACUAAAGAUCCCAACAAAAGAGUUCACCCCUAAAAAGAGAGUUCCACCAGCUUAUUUAACAAAGGAUUCCGAUGGUGAAGAAGUUGUUGACUUUACAAAAUUAAGUGAAGCAGAAGAAGAGGAGGAAGAAGACGAAAAAGGCAUCUACGAGAAUGAAGCAGAAGAAGUUGAUUUUGUUUCAUCAGAUGAAGAGCAAUUGGCUUCAACAAUGAGAAAAGAAAUUUAUAAUGAUGAAAUUGCAAAAAGAAAACAACAAUUUGAAGAUUGGCAGAAGAAAUAUCUCAACAUUGAUGAAGACGAGGAAGAAGAAUCGAGUUUCUCUGAUGAUGACAUUGAAUUCAUUGAUACAGAAACAAGCAAAUCAGGAAAGAAACUCACACCAAGAGAAAAAGAACUUCAAUAUUUCAGAGAUAUCAACAAAAUCGUCGAAAAACAAAACCAAAGAAAGAAACAAACAAAACAAAAAGAAGAUAAUUUCGAUGAUUUAAUUGAUGACAGUUUAACGAAAGAAAACAAAGAAGAAGGAGCAUCAGUAACACCUUCUGAAUCAAGUUCAUCUUCUUCAUCUUAUUACGAAGAAGAAGAUGAAGAAGAAGUUUAUAAUGGACCUUUCAUGCCAGGAUCAUCACAAGAUUACGAUGGAUCAAGAAGAUUCUUGUGCUGGAAUGAAACAGGCGUUAUUUUCUUAAGAGAAAUUGAUGAAGAUAGAGAAGCAAUCGAUGUCGAAUUCGCUGAUGUUUUCUCAAAUAGAAAUGUCAGUUUUUCAAAUGACAGACAUUUUCUUUUGGCAACUUUGAACAAAGAAGGUUUCUGCGCUGCAAGUAGAACAUACUUCCAAUACAGAUCUAAUAAUCCAAAGUCUAUUCCAAGUGAGUUUUCCCAUAAAUUCACUGAUAGCGAAACAAUCGAUCUCAUUGCAAUUGGCAAGAGAUGGGUUGCUGUUGCCACAGAACUUGGACGUAUCCAUAUCUUCAAAUCAAGUGGUUUCGAAUACGCUUCUCUUUCUCUUCCUGACAGAUUGUUGACAAUGGUUGGAGGAAAAGACAGAUUAUUUGUUGUAUUUGGUGAUACUUUGGAUUAUUGGUUAUUGGAUAUUCCGAAUAGAAUCAAACUUGCAAGUGGUGUUAUUCCUGUUGCAAAGCCUCUUAGAUGGGUUACUUUCGAUGAAAAUGACAAUGUUUACGCGCUUGGAAAUGACAAGAUAUUGGUCGAAUUAGUCUUCGACUUCGGAUUCCAUUGGCAAGCGAUGUCAAACUUAAGAAAUGUCAUUUCAGAAGGAAAAGUCGAGGAAAACGAGAACAAAUCUGAUGAAUCAGAUGAAUCAGAUUUAGGAUUAGACAUUGAUAAGAAGAAAUCAACAAAUGAUGAUGGCUCUUAUCAAUUGGAUCAUGCUGAAAAAGAAAUUUACACAGAUUUCUGGUGUGUCAGUAUUUCUGACAACAAACUCUUCGGAUGUUUCUUGAAAGAAAACAAAGUUCCUCAUGCUUAUCCAUUACAAGGACUUUCAGAAGUCAAACUGAUGCCAUUGACCGUAGAAAAUGGCGCACAGAGUUGGCUACAAAGUUCAAUAGGACUUGCAAACGCAAAGAGAGAUCAGAAACGUGAAAUGAUCUUCAGAAGAGACUUGGAAUCAGUGAGAUUGUUCCAAUCUGCAUUAAAUGAAAAUGAACAAUACAAGGCUUUCCAGGUUGCAAAGAGAGUAAGGUCAGAGAAAGCAAGAGCUGUUGUAAUCACAAUUGCUCAGAAUAAAGAAGGCUGUGAAGAUCUCAUUGAGUUCAUCAAUCAAUAUUAUGAGGCUGAUGAAGCAAACAACGAAGAAGAAGAUGACGAUGAAGAACUCUUUGAUUCAUUAAUGAACAAUGAUGAAAACGAAGCUUCUUCAUCUGACAACAACAUUCCUUCUGACAGAGAUGAAGAGAAUGAACCCGAAAAUGUUGUUCCUUCAGAGAGAGAAGAAGAACAAAAUGAACCUCAGAAAGAAGAAGUUGAAGAAAAGGUUGAAUCAGAGAAAGAGGAAGUUCCUCCUGAAAAAGAAACAGAAGAAGUUGAAGAUGAAGUUAAGAAUGAAUCAGCUCCAGAAGAGAAAGAAUCUGCUAAAGAAGAUGACUCGGUUCAAGAAGAGAAAGAACAAGAAUCAGUUCAAGAGGAAAAAGAAAACGAUUCUGUUCAGGAAGAAAAUGAAAAUGAAGAACAAAAUCAUAAAGAAGAGGAGGAAGAAAAUGAUUCGGUUCAAGAAGAAAAGGAUUCUGUUGCAAGUGAUAAUAAAGAAGAGGAAGAAGAACAAGAUUCUAUUGUUGAGGAAUAA